GGGAACCCCAUCAGCUGGAAGUCGAGUAAUAUUACAACUCCAACCACUUAGCAAGAUUCAAUUUUGAGGUCAAGAAAAAUUGCAAACAGUUUUAAAACGAGUAUUUUCAGUUUCAAAAGGGUACUUGGACGUGCUCCAAUAUCUGGACGCAUCAGGAUUCAUACAGUUGAUUAGGACGAGGUAUCGGUGAUUCAAAACUGGAGAGGGAAGCAUGGAGUAUUUCAUGGUACCAGCUCAGAAGGUGCCAUCCUUGCAACAUUUUAGAAAGACUGAGAAAGAGGUGAUCGGAGGAUUGUGCAGUUUAGCAAACAUCCCCCUGACCCCAGAGACGGCGCGGGAUCAGGAGCGACGUAUCCGACGUGAAAUUGCCAACAGUAAUGAACGCAGGCGUAUGCAGAGCAUCAAUGCUGGCUUCCAAUCACUCAAAACACUCAUCCCUCACUGUGAUGGAGAGAAACUUAGUAAGGCAGCCAUUCUACAGCAGACAACUGAGUAUAUAUUCUCUUUGGAGCAAGAGAAGACACGUCUCCUUCAGCAGAACAACCAGCUUAAGCGCUUUAUACAGGAGUUUACUGGGUCGUCCCCAAAAAGGAGGCGUGCAGAGGAAAAGGAUGAAGGUAUUGGCUCUCCAGAUGCCUUGGAGGAGGAGAAGAUGGAUGACCUCCGCAGAGAGAUGAUUGAGCUUAGACAGCAGUUGGACAAAGAGAGAUCAGUUCGUAUGAUACUCGAGGAACAGAUCCGCUCGCUGGAUGCUCACAUCUAUCCUGAGAAGCUUAAGACCAUUGCUCAGCAGGUUCAGGAGCAACAUGAGCAGACUCAGACUCUCCUACGACUGCAGCAACAACAGGAACCGACAGAGAGAGAAAGUCACAUGGUCCGCAGUCCACAGGUUUUCGCUCCAUCCACCCCUCCUGCACCUACCAGUCACCCGACUGUUAUAGUCCCUGCCCCUGUUCUGUCCACUUCCUCUCACCAUGCCACCGUGGUAACCAUGGGACCUGCUUCUGUUAUAAACACAGCAUCUACAUCACGGCAGAAUCUGGACACCAUUGUGCAAGCCAUCCAGCACAUUGAGGGCACACAAGAGCGGACCAUAGCCGAGGCAGAACAGAGGAAAGCAGUGAUUGUAACGCCUGUGCGCCCCCUCGCUGAUCCAGCAGAUUCUGAGACAACUUCUGACACUGAAGAGCUAAAGGACAGCUUACUGCCUUGAUCCACUCAAAAUAGAUAAUGGGUGAUGAUUUCACAUGCCACCCAUUAAUAGACAAAUUCACUUGGACACAUACAACUGGGUACGGCAAAGUGAACACAUGACCACAAAGCUCUGCUACUGUGGUCCUUGCAUGUUAGGUGAAGACUAACAUGCAUAUGAAUACCCAGUUUCCCACGGUAAGAUAGGAGUUGCAUCGCUUUCUGAGGUUAUGGAAGUACACAUUUCCACUACUUCAGGAUGCUAAAUGGACUCAUUAAAUGUGACCUUACACUGAACAUUCAACCCCAGCACUCCUAGAACCUGUGAACACUCAAAGUGGUUUGAGGUGCACAGACUUUACUGACCCACAGCCCAUGGGCAGAUAUCUUGUAUUUUCUUCUCUUGGCCGUGCUAUGCUCAUUUUCAUAAUCUCUUAUCAGUAAGAGGUUAUGUUCAGCAUGACACUGUGAGCUCAUUACUUUUAGAAUAUCAUUUGCUUCCAAAAGCAGGGAUUUUUUUUUUUUUUUUUUUAUCGCAAUUUCCAUUGUAUGUGACUGAUCACUAAAGUAUGGUCAUGUAUUUGUUGUUUUAGAAAAUAUCAUCAGUGUUCAAGAGCAUGACUGGCUUCCAGAGGGCUUCUGUUGAUCAAACAGCAGCUGGAUGCAGCAGGAAUGUGCACUUAAGCUUUCUUUUCAAUUCUGUCACAUACAGUUAUGUUCACACUGUUUUGUGAAUGAAUGCUACACUGGGCUGGGUUCCUAGUGUUCACUCUUAUAGUUCAGGCACCACCUGGCAUCCUCAGAGAAGAUGACACAAGUUUUGUUUUGAAUUGAACUUGUAUGUUUCCCAUUCAUUACCAAUAUGUUCAAUUGAAUAAGCUAAAAAGCAGGGGGUUCUACCUGUAAGGCCUUUUGUAUUAUCGCAUGUGUGUGUUUCCUGCCUUUUGAGAAGGCACUUACUCAUGCAUACACAUCUGUAGAGACACAAGCUACCAUGAAUCUGUAAACGUUGAGGUUAGCACUACUUUUGCAUUCACAUUACUGUGUGUGAAUUGUAGGCCAUCAGUUGCCCUUUAUAUACUUUUUUUUAUUUUUCUCUUGGGCGUAUGUUCUGAUUUGAUUUAUAUUUGUGUAUGUGUGCAUUCUGUCUGAAGGAGGACUACCUGUGUCCUCUGUAGUAUUGUUUACACAUGUGCUGAAGAGGGUAGAGCAGCAUUACACCAGCGCACUUCACUCUAUGCACUCUAUGUUCUGCUCUCUUGUAUGAAUGUUUCUCAGUGUUCAUGUUCCUUGAGUCCAUUCUUUUGCACAUGCCUUCCUGAAGAUCAUUGUAUUAUGAGAUGAGGGCUAGUCUGUGCCCUGAGAGGUUGUCAGUGGUGACCCAACUGAAAUCAUGCCUAAUGCAGCAGAUCCAGCCCCUAGUGGGAAGACACUAUCAGCCAUUUAAA